CGAGAGCGAAUGGACACCGGGAGCUUUUUACACGAGCACCUUCCCCUAACCGUUACCGUCGGCUCGACCCAUUACGUACUUUUUAUGACGCGCCGAACCCUUCCACAACUGCCCUCUCACUCCAAAUACCGGCCGCUCGCCGCCAGCACCAAGACAAAAGCCGACUGUAUCCAUUCUUCGGUUUCCUGCGGGCUUCCUUCUCUCCGACUUCGGUGCGACAGCGCUUCGUGUCUGCGGAUAUGUCCACUUCCAACGCGUCGCCUCCUCCGCCUCCGCAACACACGCGGACGUACCAGGCGUGCAUACCAUGCCGCCGGCGGAAAGUCCGCUGUGACCUAGGCCCUGUCGACCACCCCCACGACCCGCCAUGUGUGCGCUGCCGGCGAGAGAGCAAGGAGUGCUUCUUCUCGGCUACGCGCCGCAAGAGGAAGCAGGACGGCGAGGACGAGUUUGAUGAGGUCGACGACUACGAGGUGCGCAACGGCCGGAAGCGGAUGCGCAGCGAAGGCAGCCUGCCCGAGCCCCUCAACAUCAUCACGGCCAACAGCGCCGCCUUUGUCUCGCAGCCGCUGACUCCGGGCGGCUCCGUGGGGCGGCACGAGCCUCUGCGCCGCCCAACGACGUCUUCGAGCCACACGCACGUGCCGGAGAACGAGGAGGACCAGAAGGUGAACAACGAGACGGUGGCCACGCUGCAGGCGGGCGAGGUGUACAGCGGGCACGACGCCCUGAACCUGCUGUUUGAGGCGGCGCGCAAUGGCGGCGGCAUGGACGACCACCAUCGCACAAAUAGUGCCUCGAGUCUCCAGCGCCCGACGCUGGGCAGCACGCCGGGCUCGCAGACGUUUGCCAGCCCCCAGACGAACGCGACACAUGCGCACACCAGCUCGCGGCCCACUGCAGAGUCGGCCGUCGACCCCGCCAUCUCGCAGCCCGUGAUACCAGACCCGCCCAACGAGGCUGCCUUUGCGGACGCCGUCCGGUCCUGGUCCAAGUUCCGCUUUGUGCGCGCAGGCUGGCUCACGGCGAAGGAAGCCAUUGCUUACAUCGACUACUUCUACGCCUAUCUGUCACCCCUGACGCCAAUCGUGGUGCCCGACUACCGCGACCAUGCGUACCAUGCGAAGCUGCUGAAGGAGGAGCCGAUGCUGGUCAUCACCCUGCUUACCAUCUCGUCGCGGUAUUCGCAGCCCAGUGGAUCCACUACUGUGGGUGCAACAUCUCGCGCGUACCUGAUCCAUGAGAAGCUAUGGAAGUUCCUCCAGGGCAUGAUCGACCGCAUGAUCUUCGGACAGGAGCAAUUUGGCGGCGGCUUCUGUGGCGCAGGACAGCAGCCUGGAUCUGACGUCAACCCUCUGUCACGCAAAGGCCUUCGAACGCUGGGUACCGUCGAGAGUCUCAUGUUGCUCACGGAAUGGCAUCCUCGUGCCCUGCACUUCCCGCCAGGGGACGACGAUGACGAACUCGUCCUUCCUGACGAUGUGCCAGUCGAGACAGGGCCCAAGUCUGACAUGUACAGAGGUGUUGGUGAUAAGCGCAUCGACAGCUGGUUGGAGCCGUGCUGGCGGAGUGACCGUAUGUGUUGGAUGUUACUCGGCAACGCCAUGACGCUUGCCUUUGAAAUUGGUGUCUUCGACGAGACGAGCGAGACGGAAUUCGAGGAGGCAAACCAACAUCUCUCGCACGCGACUGUGAAAGCGUACUAUCGGCGGAAGAACCAUCUGCGAGACCUACUCAUCAUAUACGUUACCCAGACUAGUGGUCGACUCGGAUUGACGUCAAUGCUGCCAAAGAUCGAGCGUGACGAGAAUUUGGCUGGCGGGCUGACGCCCAUCGAAUUGUACCAAGAGCGUGUGAGCCGCAUAAAAGCUCCUCCACCGCAGUUCGGCAUGCGUUCAGACGGUCAGCGCCUUCCGUUGGAGUCAAUCGCGCAUCAAGAGCGCCACGCCGUUCAGGACCUCGUCCUUGACUUUUGGACGCGCAUAGCGAAGAUCAUGGAGAUGGGAAACCUGAAGCUGUUCUCGAAUCGGCGCAAGACGCGGGAACUGCUCAAGUCGGGAAUGUACGAGGAGAUGCUGCGGUUCUUCCAAGGGCCGCUCACGGACUGGAGGAACUGCUUUGAUCGUGCUCCCCAAGUUCCUACGCAACUCCGCCACAUUCUCAUCAUCGAGUUCGAAUACACGCGCGUGUACCUCAACUCUCUCGCCCUGCAGGCGGUGGUGGAACGUUGUACGCAUAAUACACCCAUGCAAACUCCCGCCCAGCCCCACGGCCGGCCUGCCAACCCCGAUGGUGGCGCGAUUCCUUUCUCGACUUUAACACGAUGGUAUGCGAACGAUAGACACUACAUCAACGAAGUCAUCGACGCCUCUCGCAACGUAUUGAAGAUCGUCGUCGAUGGCCUCUUCCCAGGCGGCUACUUGCGCCACGCCCCCGUGCGCACAUUCUUCCGCAUCGUAAGCGUUGCCAUCAUCCUCCUCAAAACCUUCGCUCUCGGCGCCACAGAGGAAGACGUAGCCGUAAGUCUCGGUCUUCUAAGCGGCGCCGUCGACGCCCUCCGCACCAGCAUCGUGGAUGACGUGCACGUCGGCAACAGAUUCGCAGACCUCGUAGAGACACUCACCCACCGCAUCCGCAGCCGCUUCGUCCGCCUCGCAGCCAACGUCUCGCGAGCCGCGAGCAGAAGUCCCGUCCAACCACCCACCAUGCCGCCGCCGUUACUGCCACAACAUCAACAACAGCACCUCGCGCCGACAUACCCUUCCUUCCAAGGCCCCCCAAGCAGCGCCAGUUCUCCCGGUCUCGGCCUCACUGCCAGCGGCCGCGCAACCCCCAUCUCGCAGUCGCUAUGGGGAAUCUCCGCAGAACCAUACGAUCCAACGUCGAAUAGCAUUUCCAUCAUGCCGCCUCCGGGCUUCUCAUCUUACAAUAAUCAAACCCCCAAUGUAAAUGGGAAUGGGACUUCAGGCGGAGGCUGGUCGCAGUGGAAUUCUGGCGCGUGGAAUGGCACGGCGCAAGAUCAGGAUUGGCUUGCCCUUCCGCUCGAUCCCUUGCUCGAUCAGUGGGGCGCGGAGAUCAAUUCUACGGCUAUGGGGCCUGAUGUUGGGGGUAUGGAUAUGCUGGAUAUUCUGCUGAGUAUGGGAGGGCCGCCGGGUGAGACGUAGAAGAGAGUAUUACCCUGUGUUUGUUUUUAUUCUUGGGCGCGGAGUCUCGAUGGUUAUCAGGCUUUGUUUUUGUUUGUGUGUAGGUGGAAUAUUUGCGAUACCCAGCCAAUGUUUGGCUUUGGCUUGUUUGGACGGACUGGGGUUAUUUAUGUGCGAGGUGUUUACGGCGUGGGCAAUAGUAGGCUCUUACGAAGGGGAUGAAACGUUCAUGAUGUAGAGCUAUGUGUCUAUCUGAUCUAUAUAUAUACUUCAUGAUGA